GUGAAGAUCAGUUGUAGAUAUAAUCAGAAGGAUGAUAAGAUCUGUUCUCAGUCGAAAUGCCGGCAUUUUAAAGGCAAGGCCGUUAUCCAUUGGUGUUGUCAGCAGCGUUGGUAUAGGAUUCAACAGGAUCAGCGAUUUCAAAUUGAACAAUUUCAAGAACGUUAAUAGUUUCAAUAAUGAUAGAAGUCAAAUUUCGUCUAUUCGUUAUAAUUCUACAUCGUCACUAUCACCAGUCGGAUCGACAUUGGCAGGUGCAUCAGAAGGAUUAGAAAAUAAAAGCAGCGAAAUUUCAACUACAUUAACUUCAUUUGCCGACAGUUCAAGUGAAUUGAUUAGCAAUGCCAAUGGGGAGUUGUGUACAUAUAUUGGGUAUUUUGAGAAUCUUGGGUUGGCAAAGAGUUGGUGGUGGCCGCCAGAUUUUGUUACGCAUUUGUUUGAAUAUGUUCAUGUUUAUACUGGAUUGCCAUGGUGGGGGACUAUAAUGACGGUUGCUAUUGGGGUCAGAAUUUUAUUGUUUCCAUUGUAUAUUAAGAGUGCAGACAAUCAAGGGAAAAUGAACAAUGCCAAACCCGAGUUGGACGCAAUUCAAGAACAGAUGAAGGAGAUUACUAGUAAUCCAGAUCGAGAUGUUGCAAAGGUUCAACGAUUAAUGCAACGUAGAAGAUUGAUUAUGCAAAAACAUGACAUUAAGACGCGAUAUUUGAUUGCACCAUUGAUUCAGGUUCCAUUUGCUAUUGGUAUAUUUGCUAGUAUUCGAACAUUGACGGGCAUUCCAAUUCCUGGAUUUGAGAAUCAAGGUAUCCUAUGGUUUACAGAUUUAAAUGCAGCCGAUCCAUAUUUGGGAUUGCAAAUAAUUACAGCGGCAGCAUAUGUAUUGUUUAUCAGAUUGGGAGGAGAAACAGCAGGAUCUAAUUUGUCGCCAACAAUGUUAAAAGUAUUGACAGGGUUACCAGUUCUCUCUAUUCCAUUGACAAUGAAUUUCUCGAGUGGAUUGGUGUUUUAUUUUGCUAUAAAUGCGUUGUUUUCAAUCAUCCAAAACAUGAUAUUAAGAAACAAGAGUUUUAGAAAAUUCUUUAAUAUUUCUCAAAUUAACAGAAAUGCUCAAGCAAAGGGAAAACCAUUCAGCAUCAAAGAAUUUGUGGAUGCUAAAGUAGCGCAGAACAAAGCACAAUUGGAAGACCAGCUCCGAAUCGAGGAGAUAAAAGAGAAAAGAAAACAUCAAAAGGAUAGAAACACAAUCAUGUCAAAGGAGGAAUUUGACAAGAUGUUUGUUAAUAAGAGAAAACAAUAAAGUGGCAUCGAUUGCGGCAUGUACAUAGAAAUACAACAAUCAGGUUGACAAUGUUAUGUAAAAGAGAGAAACCCCAAAAAAGCAGGACAGAGCGAUGUGCAAAUUAGAUGAGCUAUCCAUGGUGCUGGAUGUGGAAUGUAAAACGCAUGUUUUGCAUAUUUCAGCGCCACUGUGAUUGCACCCAUGAUGCUGGUUUUUUUGUUUGCAGGGGUUCGCCAAGGAACGAUGCCCGAGAGUCGGAGCGUCGGACUUCCAGUGCGCGUCCUGAUAAGGCA